UUUUAAUGUACUCUCGAACAGCGGUAGUGUUGAAUGUUGUGGUCGGUCAGACGCUCCGCUCCGGUUAAAACAGACGUUGGGUCUCUUUAGCCGCUUUCGUAUCAUGCAGACGGGGUGGUAGUUGCUUUGUAGUGCUUAGUAGUUUGGUAAUAGCAAUGAAUGGCAACGUGAUAAUAGUUUUAAUGUCCUUGAUGUCCCCCAUUGCUGCUUUCACAGACUAUUACAACAGACCUACCGCAAGACCACGAGCAAGACCACACAUCAGUGAUACAUCUAACAGAAAUCAAUAUUCAGAAGCUACCAAUGAAACAAUCGCGCAUAUGCAUUUAGACUCAAGAAGUUCAAACAGCCGCCAACAAGGCGAAGACACUCCCAUUGUUUAUCCUGAAAAGCCGACUUGCGACCACGGCCUGUGCUACAACGUUGCUGGCUAUCCAAAAGAACAAAUAAAAAAAAUCCUAAGUAGAUCUCACGACAUGAACCGAUAUUUUGAGACUAGUGAAGAAGUCGUAAACUUAGACAACCGAUUUAAUACAGACGAAAUGUCACUGUGUGAAACUACAAUUCGGACAAUCUAUCCUGAGAAAGCGAACAAUACUCAGAAAGUGGAGAAGGUGAUUGUCAAUGUGGAGGGACAUAAGCAAGGAAUUGUAUUUGAAACGUGCGUGAAUAAUGGAAAAUGUAAAUUCAGCAGCAAUUUUCCGACAGGGUACACCUCCUACUGUAAGCAGAAGUACAUCCACAAGAGAUUGAUGGUUUUAGGGGACGAUGACAAAUUCGUGUUUGAUCUGUUCGAAGUUCCGUCGUGUUGUAUUUGUACAGUUAGCAAAACUAAUUAGAUAUCAUAUUUAUGCAAGUAUAUGUACUUAGUGUAGCUAAUAGCUGAGCUGUGUAUUUAUAUUAAAUUGCCGUUUAGCAUC